UAUACUCCCGAGGAAAAAGGAUCCAAUCUUCCUCCUUUCUCUUUCAAGCUCUUCUUUUCACGUAUUGUAUUUAUCAUUGCAGAUUUGCAGUGCUUGUUUAAUGUUGUGCACAUUAUAGCAUUUCAUUGCACAUUGCGGAUUGGGUAACAUAUAUACACACAUACAUAAAAACACAUAACGUAUAUGCAAUCUUAAGAAGAAAUCAUGGUCUCUUCUCUGUCAACUUGGCCAGGCCAAAUUUUGGGGUCCUUGAAAUAUUAUAUGCUAUAUGGACUUUUACUAGGAAAAGCUAUUUACAGUGGAUGGGAAGAGGGCUCCAUAGAUUGGUGUCUCCAUAUAUUUAUCCUAUGUGCACUCAGAGCUCUUUUGUAUACUUUAUGGAAUGCUUACAGCAACAUGCUUUGGAUUAAUCGCAAUCGCCGCAUUAUUCAACGAGGAGUCGAUUUCAAGCAGAUUGAUAACGAAUGGCACUGGGACAAUUUUAUAGUUCUUCAAGCACUGAUUGUUGCAUUAGGGUUGUACAAACUACCAGCAGCUCUGAGAGAAGAAAUUCCAGUGGUGGACACAAGAGGGUUCAUUGCUGCAAUUGUUCUUCACAUUGUUUUUUCCGAGCCUCUGUACUAUGUGCUGCAUAGAUGCUUUCAUGGAAGCUACCUUUACGGUCAUUUUCAUUCGGUCCAUCACUCCUCACCUGUACCCCAGCCCUUCACUGCUGGACAUGCUACUUUAUUGGAGCAACUUGUGAUAAGUGGGGUGAUGGGGAUACCUGUGAUUGGAUCAUGUGGUAUGGGUUAUGGAUCCAUAAGCAUGAUCUAUGCUUAUGUGUUGACCUUUGACUUCUUAAGGUGUUUGGGGCAUUGUAAUGCUGAGAUUGUUCCUCAUCAGAUCUUUCAAGCCUUUCCGGUGCUUAAAUAUCUUCUCUAUACACCAACAUACCACAGCUUACAUCACACUGAAAUGGACUCAAAUUUUUGCCUUUUCAUGCCUCUCUAUGACGCUUUGGGCAAGACCCUAAAUACAAAAUCAUGGGAACUGCAAAAAAACUUAAGCAUGAAUGCAGAUAAAAAUAAGAACAUACCGGAUUUUGUGUUCUUAGCUCAUGUGGUAGACGUGACGUCUUCCAUGCAUGCUCCAUUUGCGUUCAGAUCGAUGGCGUCCAAGCCCUUUGCUAUGAAACUUAUUCUGGUGCCUCUGUGGCCAAUAGCUUUUUUAUUUAUGGUAGCAAUGUGGGCCAAGUCCAAGACAUUUUUGGUCUCUUUCUAUAAUCUCAGAGGAAAGCUGCAUCAAACAUGGGCUGUUCCGCGCUUUGGUUUUCACUACUUCUUGCCAUUUUGUAGCCAAGGCAUUAAUAAUCUGAUCGAGGCGGCUAUUUUGAGGGCUGAUAAACUCGGUGUCAAAGUCAUUAGCCUGGCUGCUUUGAAUAAGAAUGAAGCUCUUAACGGAGGUGGUAUGCUAUUCGUUGAGAAGCAUCCAGAUCUUAAAGUUCGAGUAGUUCAUGGAAACACAUUGACAGCUGCUGUAAUUCUUGACGAAAUUGAUCAAGAUGUCACAGAAGUUUUCUUGACCGGGGCUACUUCUAAGCUUGGAAGGGCUAUUGCACUCUAUCUUUGCAGGCGAAAAGUUCGGGUUCUAAUGCUAACCUCAGCAGCUGAGAGAUUUUUGAAGAUAAAGAAAGAAGCCCCUCCGGAAUUUCAGAAGUACUUGGUUCAAGUAACCAAGUAUCAAGCAGCAAAACAUUGCAAGACAUGGAUUGUUGGGAAGUGGACAACUCCAAGAGAGCAAAAAUGGGCACCUCCUGGAACACAUUUUCAUCAGUUUGUGGUUCCACCAAUCUUGGCCAUCAGAAAAGACUGCACCUACGGUGAUCUUGCAGCCAUGAGACUACCAGAAGAUGUAGAGGGGCUCGGAUGUUGCGAGUACACGAUGGACAGAGGAGUGGUGCAUGCUUGCCAUGCGGGUGGGGCGGUGCAUUACUUGGAAGGGUGGACACACCAUGAAGUUGGAGCCAUUGAUGUGGACAGAAUUGAUAUUGUCUGGGAAGCUGCAUUGAAGCAUGGAUUUAAGCCACUCUCAUACAGUAACACCAGUUUAAAGAAUAAUUGAAUUUGUAAUAUAUUUAUUUUAUCCAUUUUUUUUCACUGCCCUGCCAAUGUUUACCUAAGAUACAGAGACUGCUGUGGUGAAUCAUUUUUACAUGGUUUCAUUUAUACUUA